AUGGGCCGGGCGGCGCUCGGGUGGCUGCGGCCGCUCCUCCCCGCGGCCCCGCGGCCCGGCCGCGCCCCGCCGCCCUCCCGGGCCGCGCACACGGCCGGUGCCGAAGCCCCGCGGCCGCGCCGCGAUCUCUACGAGGUGCUGGGAGUGCCGUCCACGGCCACGGCGGCGCAGAUCAAGACGGCGUACUACGAGCAGUCCUUCCGCUACCACCCCGACCGCAACGCGGGCAGCGCCGCCGCGGCCGCUCGCUUCGCCGCCGUCAGCGAGGCCUACCGGGUGCUGGGCAGCGCCGCGCUCCGCCGCAAGUACGACCGGGGGCUGCUGAGCGCCGCCGAGCUGCGGGACGCGCCCCGGCCCUCGGGCCGCGCUCCGGCCGCCGCCGCUCCGCCACCGCCCCGCGCCCCCGCCGCCCGCCCCGGGCCCGGCCCGACCCCCUUCGACUUCGACGCCUUCUACCGAGCGCACUACGGGGAGCAGCUGCAGCGGGAGCAGAUCCUGCGGGCGCGGCGGGAGCAGCUGCGGCUCCAGCGGGAGGAGUACGCGGCGCAGGGACGGCUCCGGGCCCUCUCGGAUUUCUCCGUCGGGCUCUUCUUCUUCCUGGGGGUUGCGUUCAUCUACGGCCUCAAGUGACGGCGGGGCGGCCUCCGGGGUGUCCCCCCAGCUGCACGGUGUCGCUGGGGGUGUGCCCUGCCCCGCCCCGCGUCUGCUGUUGGGCUGUGACAUUGCACCCUGCCAGCCUGACCUUCAGGCACACAGUGCCCAGGCUGGCACAGUCUGUGCCCUCUGGAUGCCUCUGGGGACACAGCCUGGGCCAGGCCACUCAGGGUGACCUUGCAGGAGCUCGUGAUGUGCCCCCUCAGCAAACACCUCCUGCACAGCCCUGGACUCUGGACUGGGAUGUGUCCCCUCCUUGGCACAGCUG